AGAUCAGUCAAUACUCGUACACCUGUAUGCGUCUCUUUGGCGCGGCGCCUCAAAACCUCUCAAACCCUUCCGAACCUACGCCACGCCCAUCCUAGGCCACUCCCAUCAUCACAAUGUUGAAAUAGUGCUGGCUCGAGAGAGACGAGUAGAGAACGAGAGUGCCUCCUUCGUUGAGAUUGGCCUGGUGUGCACUUUCAGACUCAUUCCGACACACUCCAAGCCUGCAAAGAGGUGUGUGUCUUGUAUUUCCCUGCUAUUUUCUACAACCUCUUCUCAUUUCGUUGACUUUUUGUGCUAAUCAUGGCCGAUUCGUCAUCAUUCUUCUCAUCGGCCUUCAGCUCAGCGAAGAAUCUUAUUCCGUUCGCUAAGAACACAGAGGAUAAGCCUGUCGAUGCCGACACUGCUUCCGAUGCUAAGGAUGCCAAAGAUUCAGCUAUUCAAGAAGCCGUUCAAAAUGCUUCAGCUGCUAUCAAUGACGUCUUCACCGAUGCUGUUGAUAAGCUGGAAGAGGUGAAGGAUACCGUAGUUGAGCAAUUUUCCAACGGUGAUGAGAAGAAGGAAGAAGCUGUUGUUGAAGAGAAGUUUGAUUCUGUUCAUGUUGGAGUUGAUGGAGAGACUGCUGUACAGGAAGCUAAAGAAGAAGUCAAGGAGGCUCAAGUUGUUGUCAAGGGUGUUUUGGCUGAUGGAACUCAGAUUGUCGAAGGUGUUACUGAUGUCGCUGAAGCUCCAGUAGCUGAUGAAAAAAAGGAAGAGACUGUAGCAGCUCCUCUUGAUUCUGCAGCUCCAGUUGAAGAACAUAAGGAGGAAUCUCACUCUUCUGAGCACACUGAAGCACCAGCUCACACUGAAGAUUCAAUUGUUCAAGCUGACCCAGAAGCUCGUAUCGUUUUCCAAGGAGUUCUUGCAGAUGGCACUCAAAUUAUUGAAGCUGUCUCGGCCAACCCACCUUGUAUUCAAGAAGAAUCUGCUCCAGCUGCAGCUGUAUCUGAAGAGGUUGGCGAAGCUGUACAUGUUGUUCCAGUUGAUCAAGCACCAGAAGCACCCACAUCGGAAGCACAGGACGCUGCUCCAAUCGAGGAACAUGUUGAAGUUGUGCACGUGGCUGAAAAUGCAUCAACACCAGCUGCUACGGAUGCUCACGAGGAGACAAAAUCAGCUGAGGAGCAAACACCAGUUGUUGAUGCUUCUCCAGCUCAGGAGAUAGUGAAGGUUGAGGAGCAUGAACACAAGGAAGAAGCUGCUCCAGAUGAGUCAGCUCCAGAAGCCGCUCAUGAUUCACAUGUCGAGGAGACCGCCGCUCAAGUCGUCGAUGAAGUCAUCGAGGCUGUUCAUGUUUCUGCUAAUGAAUCGGCUCCAGAAGAGCAUAAAGAAGAAGUAGCCGCUGCAGCUACUUCUGAAGAUCAGAAAGAACCAGCUCCAGCCUCCGACGAACAUACUUCUGAAUCAGCAGUAGAAGGAGCCAUUGAAUCCGUCCACAUUGCAUUGACCGAAUCUGCUCCAGUUGCAUCCGAUGAAAACACAACUGAAGCUGCACCGGGAACUGUUGAAGAGCACAAGAACGAGGUUCAUGAUCCAGUUGAUGGAGCUUCAUCCGAUGCUCCAGCUGAGGACCACAGAGAGGCUGCUGCAUCAUCUGAGUCUGUAGAGGAACCAAUCACAGCUGUCCAUGUAGAAGCAACUGAAUCUGCUGCUCCAGCUGACAAAGUUCAUGAAGAAACCAAAAUUGAUUCUGCUGCUGAGACUCAUGCCGAUGCUCCAGUUGUUGACGCUUCUCCAGCAGAAGAUCAAGCUUCGGAAGUUACUGAAGCUCCUCAUGUAGAAUCAGCUAAGUCUGCACCAGCAACAUCCGAAGAUCACAAGGAAGAUGUCGCACAAGCCACGUCUGAACAAGUUGAAACUCAAGCUCCAGCCGAUGAACACAAAGAUGACGCAUCCCCUGCUGAGCCAACAACAGUGCAAGAUGUUAUUGAAGCCAUUCCCAUUGUCUCUACAGAAUCGACACCUGCGGAACAUUCCGCCCCAGCCGAAUCAGCUCCUGCUCUAGCUGAAGAACACAAGGAUGAAGCAGCUCCAUCUGAGCCAGUUCAGGAUGUUCCAGUUGAAGAGGUCAUUGAAGCUGUUCACAUUGCUCCAGCAGAAUCAGCACCGGCUUCAGUUGAAGAAGCCGCACCAUCAGAAUCGACUCAAGCUCCAGUUGAAGAACACAAGGACGCUACCACAGCAGCCGAUUCAUCUCACGAAGAGCCAAAAGCCGAAUCUGAUGCUCCAGCUGCAGAGUCUGUAGAAACUGCUCCAGUCGAGGAACAUAAAGAUGAAGCAUCACCAACGGCGCUAGAAUCAGUUGAAGAUGUUAUUGAAGCUGUUCACGUAGCCUCUACAGAAUCAGCACCAGCUCCAGUUGAAGAUGCCGCAUCAGCUGACUCGACUCAAGCUCCAGUUGAAGAACAAAAGGAUACUGCCGCAGCAGCUGAACCAUCUCACGAGGAAGCACAAGCAGAUCAUGCUGCAUCCGUUGAAGAUGUUAUUGAAGCUGUUCAUAUCGCUUCAAAUGAAUCAGCACCAACAACAGAAGCAGCUCCAUCUGAAUCUAUACAAGCUGAAGAUCAUAAAGACGAAGCUGCUUCCACAGCCGAACCAGCCCACGAAGAAUCCGUUACAGUAGUUGAGGCAUCACAUAAGGAACCACAAGCAGAGUCUGCCGCACCAGUUGAAGAAAAUAUUGAAUCCGUUCACGUAGCCUCCGAAGAAUCUGCACCAGCCCCAUCCGGAGAUGCCGCCCCAUCAGAAUCAGCACCAGUAUCAGAAAAUCCAGUAGAAGAAGUUGCCGUAGCUUAUCACGUUGAAUCAAUUGAAUCCGUCCCAACCGACGCCCAAUCAGUAGAAGAACCAGUUGUUCAACAACACGUAGGAACAGUAGAAGCUGCACCAGAAGCAGCAGUCGACGAGGAAUCAUUCGACGUCGUGCAUGUUCACAGUGACGCCGCACAUCCCGAGACGGCUACACCAGAAUCUGGAAGCGAGGAGACAUUCGAAAAAGUCGAGCAUUCACAAGUGCAAGAGGCACCUUCUUCUGAAGAGCAUAACUCUUCAGAGCCUGAAAUUGUGGAAGACGUUGUCGAGAAGCAAAUCGUCGCCGCAGUUGCUUCAGCUCCAGAAACUCAACCGGAAGAAUCACCGAAAAAACCAAGAAAACUUGCUGAAAUGGCCCAUGAGUCCGCAUUCCCAGUUCCAUACCGUAGCAAGCUCGUCGAGCCAUUUGAGCCAGGACAGACACUUAUUGUGAAGGGAAAGACUGGAGAGGAUUCCAUCCGCUUCACCGUCAACCUUCACACCAACACCGCCGAUUUCUCCGGAAACGACGUUCCACUCCACGUUUCCGUUCGUUUCGACGAAGGAAAACUUGUCUUCAACACCUUCUCCAAGGGAGAAUGGGGCAAAGAAGAGCGCAAAUCGAACCCAUACAAGAAGGGAGACGACAUUGACAUCCGCAUCCGCGCCCAUGACUCCAAGUUCCAGAUCUUUGUUGAUCAGAAGGAGGUGAAGGAGUACGAGCAUCGUGUGCCACUCUCCUCCAUCACACACUUCACUAUCGACGGAGAUGUUCUUGUCAACUACAUUCACUGGGGAGGAAAGUACUAUCCAGUUCCAUAUGAGAGUGGGCUCGCCGGAGAGGGACUUGCCCCAGGCAAGACUCUUACUGUCUUUGGAAUUCCAGAGAAGAAGGCCAAGAGAUUCCACAUCAAUCUUCUCAAGAAGAACGGAGAUAUUGCUCUUCAUCUUAACGCUCGUUUCGAUGAGAAGCACGUCGUUCGCAACUCGUUGAUCAACUCCGCUUGGGGAAAUGAGGAGCGUGAAGGAAAAAUGCCAUUUGAGAAGGCUGUUGGAUUUGAUUUGGAGAUCCAUAACGAGCCAUACGCAUUCGCUGUCACCGUGAACGGAGAACGUUUCGCAUCGUAUGCUCACCGUCUCAGUCCUGAUGAGGUCAAUGGACUCCAAAUCGGAGGAGACGUUGAGAUCACCGGAAUCCAACUCGCCUAAAUGUUGCCCAUUUUAUUCUGCUCCAAGCCUCCCAAAAAUUCGUUCCCCCAACCGCUCUUUCUCUGCAGUAGCUCUCCCCUUCAACUUUAAAAGAAAAAUACUUUCGCUUUUGCGCGCAACUUUCAAAAAAAAAAGAACAUGAAUUGUAAAUUUCAAAAAAUUUUCAAAUGUCAACUAGUCACCACCCUAAUCACUGUUGCUUCUUUGUGAAAUUCUAAAUUUCGCUUGAUUGUAAAUCUUAAACUUAUAAAUACACACUGCAGAAUAAAAUCAUCCGAAAACCAC